AUGGAGUGGCGCAAGUACGGUUCCGUCUACAAUCAUCCGAAACCUUACGGCUCUCUCGGUGCGUUUACCUUCCUUUCCGGAACUUUGCGACUUCAACUGCGCAGAGCAUAUAAGGAGCGCAUCUCCACCAACGUCACGACCCUUACCACCACCAAUCCCGAUGCAAGUAACGGCGUCAUCAACGGCCUUCUAUACGUCCCCGAUCUCGACAACAACCGCGAGUGCGACCAAUUACAGUACCAAUUCAUCCCUCGAAAUGUUACCCGUCGAAGCAACCUUCCCCCUCAAAAUUACAACCUCAUCGCUCUCGCCCCAUGGUUCAGCAUCGACUGUACCUUGUCUUACCUCGCUUCUGCGCGUCUCGACCCCAUUCGCGCUUUUAUCUUCUACAAACCCAACAAUUCUUCGAAUCAGCCUCAAGAUGCCGACUCGCCUGUUUGGAACCUGGAGGACGGUGGAGCUUGGAUGACCGCUAACAAGUAUCCCAUAUAUGCCAUUUCUGGCCAAGAAGGUCAAAAUAUGAUGAAACAGCUUAGUUAUUAUUCCGGCAGUGUGGACGACAUUCCUUACGGCGAGAACAUAAGCACGAUUUACGGCCCAAACCCGAGAGAUUAUGUCCGUAUUUGGACCGAACUAUCCGUUGAGGACGAAUCAGAUAUCCCUCCACUCUGGGCCUUCUUUCUUAUAGUUAUUGGUGCUUUACUGGCCAUAUUUGCGUUCGUGUCGAUAACUAUGCACCUGGUGCAGAGGCGGCGCCGCAUAUCACUCCGGAAAAGGGUCGAGUCUGGCGAAGUCGAUCUUGAAGCCAUGGGUAUAAAACGCCUUACAAUACCCACCACACAUAUCAAUAGUUUCCCAUUAUUCACAUACAACGCGGAUCCUGAAUCGACGGCACCGCCCCCGACGCCUUCAUCUACACGCCGCCAUCGAAGUCAUCGAGGGUUCGAUCAACAAAGCGUUCGAUCCGGUGUCAGUGUCCGAAGCAAACGAUCUGGUAUUGGAGCAACUGGCGACAAUGCUGCCACCAACUUCCAACCCAGUUGCCACAUCUGCCUUACCAAUUUUGAACAUCGAGUGACCAUCAUUCGAGAGCUUUCAUGCGGGCACAUAUUCCAUCCGGAAUGUAUUGAUGAGUUCCUGUCGAAAAACAGUUCCCUCUGUCCAAUGUGUAAGCAUUCGAUGUUACCAAGAGGCUAUAGCCCUAGAAUCACAAAUGGCAUGGUUCGUCGAGAGCGCGCCCUUAGCAAAUUACGUCAAAGAGUUGAUCUCGAGGAUCUUUCCGAGGAAGGCGAUAACACCAAGGUGAAGGACUGGGGUAAACGACUAUUCCGGACUUCGUCGUCGCCCUCAAGGCCCCCCUCAGCGCCCUUGAUUUCUUUGAAACUGCCUACAUUAAUACGACGACCUGCCGCAGAACCUGCUGCAACGGAAACGCAAGAAGGACCAGAGAGACAAUCCCCACCCAUUGGUCCCGCUGCACAGCCUGAGCAAGAAUCGAACAUCCGUCCGCCCGCCCCAACUACGACUCCAAGAACGAGAAGACCCAAGCCCAAGCGUCUGAAUAUGCUUCCAACACAGCCAGAAAAUUCGGAGAUGAGUACAGAGCCAACACCACGACGUGGUAGCCCGUCUUCCUUUGCUCGACAGCGUAUGCGCGAAAUUGCAGCCAAGAACGCACCCUUUGACGACCCCGAUUCUCAGAGGGCAAUCUGGCUGCGAGCGCUUUCCAAGGUUUUUCCUGGCUAUUUCUAA